AUGAUUCGAAAUCGAAAGAUAACGAGCUUCAGCCUGGUUGAAGCUUAUAUUAAGCGUAUCAAAGAAGUGAACGGGACAAUUAAUGCGGUUGUUCAGAUGAACUUUGAAGAUGCAUUAAUAAAGGCUCAAGAGAUUGAUGAAAUGUUGGGGAACCUUGACACUGAUAGCGAGGACUUCAAAAGUCUUGCUGUAAGGAAGCCAUUGCUUGGUGUACCGUUUACUUUGAAGGAUUCCAUUGAGGUGGAUGGUUUGUACUGCACUGUUGGAAUAUCAUAUCGGAAAAAGUCUGUAAGUAACAAAGAUGCCAUCGUUGUGCAAAGGAUGAAAGAUGCCGGUGCAGUCCUUCUUGCGGUGACUAAUGUUCCAGAAGUAUGCAUGUGGUGGGAAUCAGUGAAUGUUGUCUAUGGUCGUACCCGAAACCCGUAUGAUAGUAGACGAAUAUCUGGCGGUAGUAGUGGUGGAGAAGCUGCAUUAAUUUCUGCUGCAGGUUCAGUAAUCGGUAUUGGUAGUGAUAUUGCUGGCUCAAUUCGUAUGCCUUGUUAUUUUAAUGGAAUUUUCGGUCUCAAACCUACUCCGGGUUUGGUACCACUGGAAGGACAUUUGCCACUCCUGAAUGGAUAUCGUACAGAAAAGAUGCUGUUAAUUGGUCCUAUGUGCCGUUACGCGGAAGAUUUGUCUAUCUUAUUGAGGGUUUUCGCGGGAAGUGAAGGCACGAAUUUAUUACAAAUGGAUGCUCCGUUUAAUAUGAAAAAAAUGCACAUUUUCUAUAUGGAAGGCCUGAAGACACCUCUGGUGCAAGAUGUGAAUGGAGAAGCUUUGCAGGCACUGAAGAAAGAAAUUCGCUAUUUUGAAAUUAAAUAUGAUCUAUGUGCUGUUCGUAUAGACCCACCACUUGUUCAUUACGCUCUUGAAUUUUUCCUAACAAGUAUGGAUGUUGCAGAUGCUCCGAAAUUUGCGAUGCAUAUGACCGAUUUGAAGAUGAAUAUAAAUUGUUUUGUUGAAUUAUUCAAGUGGCUAAUGGGCAAAUCAAUGCAUACAUUGCCAGCUAUUAUUACUGGAAUUAUGGACGAGCAUUUUGCACCAUUCAAUGAGGAACAAAAACAAAAGUUAAGGAAUCAACGAGAUCGGUUAAGCCGGGAAGUUGAAGAACUUUUAUCAGAUAAUGGUAUCUUACUGUUCCCUUCGUUUCCAACUGCGGCACCUUAUCAUCAUCAGCCCCUUUUUACUCCAUUAAAUUUCGCUUACACUGCUCUUUGGAAUACAUUGGCCCUGCCAGUUGUGCAGUGUCCAGUGGGUUUGAACACUCAUAAUAUUCCGCUUGGUAUACAAGUUAUUGGUGCACCAGGAUCUGAUUCUUUGUUGGCAAUAGUGGCUCAAGAUUUGGAGAAAGGAUUUGGUGGCUGGAAACCUUUAAAUACAUAA